AUGGCUGCUAAAUGCACAAUACAAGCGUGCUCAUUGCCAUACCCCUCCCCACCACACCACAAAUAUGAUGUCUUCUUGAGUUUUAGUGGAGUCGAUACUCGUAGAAAAUUUACUAGUCAUUUGUUAGCAGCUUUGGAACGAAAUGGUUUUCGAACAUUUAGAGACGAUAAAUGGCUAGACAGAGGAGAAGAUAUCGAGUCAGGAUUACUUAAAGCAAUUGAGGAUUCAAAGAUCUCACUUGUUGUGUUCUCAAAAAAUUAUCUUACAUCAAGUUGGUGUCUUAUUGAACUCGAGAAAAUUAUGGAAUGCAAGAAGAAAUUGCAACAUAUUGUUCUACCUAUUUUCUAUGAGGUUGAGCCAUUAGACCUACGGGUGCAGAAGGGCAGCAUUAUAGGAGCAUUGGUCAGCCACAAAGGAAUAGAUUCCAAGAUGCAAAAUUGGACAGCUGCUCUAACUGAGGCUUCCUACUUGUCUGGUUGGGUCAAAACAAAUAUGGGGGAAAGGGACGAGGCAGAUUUAAUUGAGAAUAUUGUCAUAGAGGUAACAAACAAAUUAAGUCUAGUGCAUCCAAAUGUUGUAGACUAUCCAGUCGGAAUAAUGUCCCGUCUACGGAAGCUUACUACACUAUUGCACCUUGAGUCAUCAGAUAAUAUUCAUAUUGUUGUUAUAUGGGGAAUUGGCGGCAUAGGAAAGACAACAAUUGCCAGAGCUGCUUAUAAUAGUUUUCAUUGUCAAUUUGAAGGCAGUAGUUUUGUUGCAGAGGUAAGAGAAAAUUCCAAGCAGACAAAUGGUUUGUUUCUUUUGCAAAAACAAAUAUUAUCUGAUAUCUUGAAUAAUGGAAAUUGUAAUAUAGGAAACUCUCAUGAAGGGAUUGAACUUAUAAAAAAUAGGGCAUUUUGUGGAAGAAAAGUUCUACUUGUUUUAGACGAUGUGGAUCAUAUUCAACAGUUAAAAACACUAGCUAUCGAUCCAAAGUUCUUUCAUCGUGGGAGUAGAAUCAUUAUAACUACAAGAAAUAUUUCUUCCCUAAACUCACUUAGAUCAGUAGCUGAGCUAUAUACUCUUGAGCAAUUGGAUAAGUAUGAAUCACUUCAUCUCUUCAGUUGGCAUGCUUUCAAGGAUCAUCGUCCCAUUGAAAAAUAUAUGGACCUCUCAAAUGAAGUAGUGGAGUAUGCGAAAGGCAUUCCAUUAACUCUAGAAGUUUUGGGUUGCUUCUUGUUUGGAAAAACAAAAUCUGAAUGGAGAAGUGCUAUGGAAAAAGUAAAGAAGAUUCCUCAUGAGGAUGUUAUAGGAAAACUCAAGAUAAGUUUUGAUUCACUUAAUAAAGAGGAGAAGGAUUUGUUCCUAGACAUAGCAUGUUUCUUUGCAGGGAUGAGUGAAAACUUUGCUAUACAAGUAUUGCAAGCUUGUAACUUUUUUCCAGAAAUUGGGAUUCGAUGCCUAGCUGAUCGUUGUCUCUUAAAAUUUGAGUUGGGAUUUGAGCUUGGAUAUGAGUCUCAAUUCAGACAUCUAAUAGUAAUGCAUGAUCCAUUUAGAGACAUGGGCAGAGAGAUAGUUCGACAAGAGUCUUUUAAUUAUCCAGGUAAACGUAGUAGAUUGUGGGAUCAUGAAGAUGCUCUUCAAGUAUUAAGAUAUGAUGAGGUUAGAUCCAUAUCCAUUAACUUCUCAUUUGCAUUUGAUGUCCUUUUUAAUUGGUGUUAUCGUUGA